GUUUGUUGUUGCUUAAGUGUCGCGUGUCGGUCCUUUUCUGAUCCGCUCGCGCUCCUCCUCUGACGCAGCGCCGUAAUUAAAGAAAAAAAAAAAAGUCUUUUCCCCAGUGGAGCCGCCAGAGAAGCGCGCGCGGGUGAAUCACGGCUCCACUCUGCCGCGCAAACUGGGGAUUGUGAAUGAAUGAAUUAAUGAAUGAAUGGAUGAGUGAACGAAUGAGUGACACACGGCGCUGGCAGAGGGAGGCGUGUUUUUAACUCUCUGCACAGGUCCGUGGAUCCCCCGUGGAUCAGAUCGCGUCUCCUUUUGGAUCGGAGCCGCGCGUCAAAAGUUCGGAGAGGGUUCGAGAGCAAUUUAAGAUAAAUAAAUAAAAAAUGCUGGCGGCCGCUCUGUUCCUGGUGCUUUCGUGCUGGGGAUCCUGCGCGUCGGCCACGCGCGUCUCCUUCUCCAACUUCUCCGUGGACAACGAGGUGCGCUCCAGCUUCAUCCACCGGAGACUGCGCAGCCAGGAGCGCAGGGAGAUCCAGCGGGAGAUCCUCUCCGUCCUGGGCCUGCCGCACCGCCCGCGGCCGCUCGCUCACGCCGAUCACAGCGCCGCGCCGACGUUCAUGCUGGAUCUGUACAACACCGUGUCCACGGAGGCAGCAGAGCCGCUCGCUCACCCGCGGUACACGGCGGCCCUGCAGGGUCGGGCGUCGGCGGCGGUGAGCCCGCAGGACAGCCGCUUCCUGGACGACGCGGACACGGUGAUGAGCUUCGUCAGCCUCGUUGACAGGGGUCGUGACCUCCUGGUCCGUCCGCACACGCAGGCGUUUCGUUUCGACGUUUCCCGUAUUCCACAGGGCGAGGCCAUCACUGCCGCAGAGUUCAGGAUCUACAAGGACUUCAUCAGGGAGCGUGACGGGAAUGAAACCUUCAGAGUCAGCGUCUACCAAGUCCUCCAGGAGCCUCCAGACAGCGAAGUGGCGCUGCUGCUGCUGGAUCAGCGAGACGUUUGGGCUUCGGAUGACGGAUGGCUUGUGUUUGACUUGACCGCCACCAGCACCCUGUGGCAGCUCAGCCCGGAGCAGAACCUGGGACUGCACCUGGUUCUCGAGGACAACCACGGCCAGAAGAGAAAUCCCCAAAGAGCUGGACUGCUGACUGGGAGCGGGCCUAAAGACAAGCAGCCUUUCCUCGUUGUCUUUUUUAAAGUCAACGAGGUGCGGUUCCGCAGCGCUCGCUCGGCCUCCGGCCAAAAAGGACGGCAGUCAAACCGCUCCAAACAACAGAAGGCGGUCCAAGAAGCACUGAGAGCAGCAGAGGCUGGGACUGAUACCCUCAGAUUAUCAAAAGAGGGCUGUAAGAAACACGAGCUCUAUGUCAGUUUCAGAGAUCUAGGAUGGCAGGACUGGAUAAUAGCGCCGGAGGGCUACGCUGCGUAUUACUGUGAGGGCGAGUGUGCUUUCCCUCUCAACUCCGACAUGAAUGCCACCAACCACGCCAUCGUGCAAACUCUGGUGCACUUCAUCAACCCGGAGACAGUCCCCCAGCCCUGCUGCGCCCCAACGCAGCUCAAUGGCAUCUCGGUGCUGUACUUUGACGACAGCUCCAACGUCAUCCUCAAGAAGUACCGCAACAUGGUGGUCAGAGCCUGCGGCUGCCAUUAAAGGGUUUUUUAAAAAAUGCCUUUAGCUUGACUUCUGCAAGUGUAAAAGAAUGUCAAGAGGCAGAAAGAGGAGUGGCUGGACACAAGAGAAGAUGGACUCUGGUCUGCAAACGCUUGGGCCAAAGUGGUGAAUAGCGAUGACAAGGAGCAGCUACAGCGGACUAUGUCUAAAAGGAGAACAUUUCAGACUUUUCAAGCACAAACCAAUCUUAGAGGAAGUUAGCAGUUUGCAGAGAUUGGAUCUGAAGCAUCACAUACUGGAUUUGCAGCGGAGGGUCCAGUCUUCUGAAUGAAUCUGGGUUUCCUGGGUCAGGUGUGCGACGUUUGACAGCUGCCCACACUACCCAGCCAAAACAUUAGUCACACCGGAUCGCCUUUAGCUUUCCUGCACUGAAAGCCUCUGCAGUUUGUCCAGAUUUGCCUAACGUUUUCCCCUCCAUCUUUUAGACACGAUGGGAAAGUCACACUGCUCUGCAUGUCCCAAAGAUUCUCUGUUGAAUUAAGGUUUAACCGCAUGCAACUACUCCUGCACAAUUUGAACCCAAUGAAUUCUUGGAUGAUUGGUUGUUUUUUAAGAGACUCGGCUGUUUAAUUCCAAUCCCCUGAUUUUCCUUCACCUUGUGUGUGUGGAAAUGUUUUUAUUUUUACCAUUGAACAUAGCCUUGAGUUGGUUAAUUUUAUCAAAAGCUUAAAGCCACAGGAUGUAACUUUUUAAAAAAAAAAAGUUUGAUUGUUUCAUUUGUUAUGAAAUAUGUAAAAACAUCUUUAUAUAUGUAUAUAUAUGUAGCACCAUAAUUCAGCUUUAAAUAAUCUUUUUCUAUGAAAGAAAACGAUCGUGAUAAUUUUGUCCAAAAAUAUUUUUUACAUAAGAAUGAUGGUUGUUCUUAAUAUUGAUCCCAAUUUUAAAGACGCACUGGACAGUCGUUGACUCCAUUUCAGUAGUUCCAGGAGUCAUUUGCCUUUGCAUUGCCAAUAAUUUGAGCUUACUGAAGCCCAUUGCCAUAUUUUUUAUGAUGUGACUUCUUGCAGGGUUGUUCCAAGAAACGAGAUGCUGCUCAUCGCACUGCUGAGGGUAAAUAACUUGUCACCUGCUGAAACUUGCAAUCCAUGCUGUAAUUACCCAGUGGGAGGCUCUUACCUGUUUUCUUUAUUAAGUCCAGUUGAUGAUAUGUUUUCCACCUGGCAGUGUAGAGGGACAAAGUUGCGGUGAUUCAUCUUUAUAGAGUGUCCAUUACCUGUAAACAACAGCUGCCCUGAAGUGUCGAACCAAAGCUGCAGAGGUUUAACUUUGCCUGA